AUGGGACUUGAACAGCAAUCCGAUGUGCUAGGAAAAUGGUAUUAUCCAGCGGAGCGCACAACGGUCAACGGUGACCGUCUGGUCGACUUGUGCGAACAGACGGUCCUCAUCAUCGCUUCCACGUUUAAGAGGAAUCAUCGACGCCAUCAGCUCACGUGGCAGUGGUCAACCCUUUUAACGCCUGAAGAGCAGCGCAAGCGGAAGAUGAGGACUCUUAAGCUUCAGUUCGACUACGUUCCGGAACAUUCCUCAGUCGGAUAUCCGGAAAUCUAG